AUGCUCAAUGUGUCAGGGGACCCUGCAGCAGUCGCAGCUACCUCGAUUCUUGUUUAUCCUGAACCACGAAACACAAAACAACUGAUCUCCCAGCGCGAAUCUCCUCAAAGGUUUUACCAACUAGCAAUCAUCAUGGAUGUACCGGACGAGAUGCAAGACUUCGUGACGGCGAUGCAGCAGGUUUACCAGUUUCCUAUGACUGUCGACGACAAGUAA